UCAAGCGCACAACUUGGAAACCUGCGCAUUACAUGUUACGCGAAGCAAGCUCCAACCCCGUGGGGCGAUAUCUCCAUAUCCUCACUGGUAUCUGUGUGCGAGAGUGUAUUUAGGGGUAGUUUUGGUCAUGUACUGUAGCUAUCAAGACCGGGAGGAAUUUGAGGAUGAACUCUACCGAGAAGAAGAUGAGGAUUCUGAGGGGUCAGAGCUCGACAGCGAGCUUGAGUUCCACCUCUAUAGCCAGCUCCACUACUCAUCCAACACUGCGGAGUUGGAGCAGCAGAGGGAUGAAGGAGAGGGUGAAGACAGAGAUGAAAUGGACCAAACUGGAGAUAGUGCUGGGUUACAGGAAGAUGGUGCUGGGUUACCGGAAGACUCUGCCAGGCGACUGCUACAUCCUGACGAGAGGCUAGGGAAAGACCUGAAAGGACACACGGAGCUAGGACACAAUGAUACACUCUGUGAGCAGAAGAGAGUGAAAGGUGACCUUAAAGGUCAGAAGUCAAUGCCACAAGUGUUUCAGGAAGUCAUUGUCAUCAAAUCUGAAAGUGAUGUCACCUCAACUUCUGAGAGUGACUUGAAUGAUGGCGUCUGUGCACUCAAGUGUCAAAAGUCAAAGACACACCCUCUGCAACCUUCCACCCCAGCCCAGCGGAUGACCCAAAAGAGGAAGCGAAGCCCCAGUCUGGACUCGGUCGUGGUUAUACACUCGGACAGUUCUGAAAGCGGAUCGGAGGAGUCCAAGUCGAAUUCCGAUUCGAAUUCCGAUUCGAAUUCCGAUUCGGACAUUCUGGAGCACUGGAUGAUUCUGGGUCGAGGGAAGCAGGAUGGAGACCACAGCAUCUCGCUCAACCUCGAGGGAGAGCCUGUCCGCUACGCAGAUGUGACUGAAGAGUCGGAGGGCCGCUGGCUGGUGUCCAACAAGGACAGGGAGGCCCAAAUUUAUAACAAAGACAGAGGUGUCAGACAGCUCGUGCAGCAUACGCCCAACAGAUACUUUAUGGAAAAGAGCAUCACCUGCUGGAACUGUAAGAAGACAGGACAUCUCUCGAAGAACUGCCCCUCGCCCAAGAAACUCGUGUGCUGCUUUUUGUGCGGCACAAGAGGCCACCAGUCAUCCGAAUGUCCCAAUAGGCAUUGCAACAACUGCGGUCUGCCAGGGCACCAUUAUGAGUCCUGCUCCGAGAGAGCCUACUGGCACAAGGAGUGCCACCGCUGUGGCAUGAUCGGCCACUUCUAUGACGUUUGCCCGGAGAUCUGGAGGCAGUACCACAUCACAACCAAGACGGGUCCCCCUAUGAGGCAUAAAGGAAAGGACUGUGGUCAGACCUCGGCCUACUGCUACAACUGUUCCAGAAAGGGACACUUUGGUCACGCAUGUUCCCAGCGUAGGAUGUUUAGUGGGAUAUACCCCAACAACACCAUCGUCAAAUAUUACGACUCCGUGGAGGACAUCAGGCAAAGAAACCAUAGGUUAAGGAGGCGGGUUAAUGAAUUUAAGGAAACUGCCAGGUUUCCCUCCAGUUCUUGGACCCCUUCCACCCCUGGACCGCCAAAGAAAAAACAGAAAACCGGCCAUCAUAGUAACGACCGUCAACCUAAACCUCCCCAAACCCCUAACAGCCACAUCUGGUUCAGUCAUGACAAACACGGGCUCUCCACCAAGCUCAAAACCAAGGCGGCCCACCAACACAAACCGCACCUGAGCGGCGAUUCUGCCAAACAGUGGCAACCCAAGAGGGUAGUGCCGAGCACAAGAGACGCCGGGGCAAAGCCAGAAAAACUCAUUUUCGACGAGGCGGAGGACUUUCCCCGCGGGGGAGGCAACGGUGACAAGACGAAGAAAAAGAAGAAGCGGGAAGUCCCCCCGCGGCAACAAUGGGAACCCCUUGCGCCCGCAGCCCACACCCCAGACCGUCUGUUUGGGAGCGGAAUGACUGGGCAGAUGAGGAGGAAGAGGAAUCGUGCCAGAGGGAGAGAGAGGAAAGCUGCCAACAGAGCCGAUGCAGAGAUGUACCCCACCGACGAGAACCUGUUCUGCAUCAAACAGAGGAAGGGCAAGAGAUAGCGCUAUAUUGCACAGGGAGAGUGUGCGUCGGGGGAAGUCGGUGCUUGUGUGCGUGUCCUUCAGUGCAUGACGAAGAUCUGUUCAUUAACAACAUAUAUAGACCAUGUGCAGGUUUUGCCAUCUCCGAGUCUUGCGCUCUGUCACACAGUACUGGCUCAGCAGGGUGGCUGGCGCUCUCAACCGGGCAUUCACGGCGCCACCCUGUGGUCACUGUUGCAACUACAGAACGUGCUGCUAACCCAUCAAACAGUUAGUUGACUGAAAUGAAAUAUUGUAUGAUCGGAUGUGGUGGUUAAACUAUUUAGGAAAGACAAAGAUAGGACAUGAGAUUGGUUAAGAGACCUGGUUUACAGGGAUUUCCUUAUUUAAUGUUAUAGACUGAGUGUUGGAAUUACACCCCAUUCUAUACUUUGUUUCGUAAUUGCUUAAAAUAAAAGCCAAGUUCUUUAAAAAUGUCACCAUGGAAUAGCUUGAAAUAAUUUCUUACACACACAAAAUAAUUGACGGGUGGUUGAUACACAUUAGAGUUGGUGGAUUUCUGAGAUUUCAACACAUUCUGUCCUUGUUGAUUUCUAAAAAAUGACUCUCGAACAAAUGAGAGGAAAAAAAAAAGUCCCACAAAAUGUGUUGGUCAUGUAUGUGCAUAUAAUAGAAAAACUUGAUUACAGGUGCUUUAUGCAAAUGUAAUGAUCGUCACCUCGAGAAGACCUCCUCGCCCGUCCAGUGGGUGCUCCCAAUAAAAUGGAGCCCAAAUAGAAACUUUUAAAAACAUGAGCCAGAUUCUGAUUAGUUGUUUCUUUCAGUCAACAAAAAUACAUUCUUGAUAGUUACGGCUAUACUAACGUGAAGACAAGUGUACUUGGACCUUCUGGGAAAAGUCCAGUUUGUGCUCUAUCUGAUGAGAGUCAGAUGGAGAAACCAUUUUCCUCUGAUUUGUACCUUAUUCCAUCACUGCUUAUAUCACUCUGAACUGCUGUUGUUAAUGCCUUUUAAGUCAAGUGGUUGAUGAAGGUGCUACA